GAUCCGUGGUGCGCUUCCAGCUGGACACAGCGCCCGUGGACCCCGCCGUCGCCGCCACCAUGCAGAAGGCAGUGGAAGCCCUCAAAGAAAAAGGCGACGAGGAGGGAGCUCGAAUGCUGGCAGAGAAGUUCCCAAGUGCCCCAGCGCCCAGUCAGCCACCAGCCAAGCCCACGACCAAGCAGCUGGAGGACGCAGCCGCUACCUUGCGCCGGCUCCAAGGGCGCGCAGCCUAUGAUCAAGCGAAGUCAGUUCACGAGCAGGCCAAGCAGGCCAUGGAGAACCACCGCCGCAAGGGAGCGCAAGCUCGUGACGCAGUCGCCACAGCUCAGAAGCACCGCGAGACCAUCACCCUCAAGAAGCGCAAGAAGGAUGAAGUCAGCAGUGCUCCUGACCCGCGCUUCCAGCGCCUGGCGACGCGCGACCUGCGCGUCUUCUAUGCGAACAUCAGCAACUUCUCUUAUGCCGUCCGUGAGUUCUGCAGGGAUGCGCCAUACGACUUCAUGGGGUGUGUGGAAACCCACCUGUAUGGCAAGCAGCUAGAGGACGAGCAGCGGCACCUCAGAGGCAUGGGGUGGCGCACUGAGUAUACUACGACACCAGCCACGCCGACGUCGGGAAAGGGCAGCUCUGGGGGAGCUCUCUGGGCGCGCGCGAGGCAGUUCAACACCUUUCCGCAUCUUGCCACGGGGGGUCGCGAUGACCUUCUGUGCCAGCAGCUCCAUGACAUUGCAAUCACCAUGGUCCGCCUCAAGCACGUAACGGUCGCUUUCAUCACUAUCUACCUCACCUCGGACCCCAAAGGGCUGGAUCUCCCUGCCAACAUCUCCAAGCUCAACCAGCUGCUCACGCUCGUGCGCACGCUGGGCACGCCGUGGAUGGUCUACGGCGACUUCAACAACACUCCAGAGCAGUUCAGGGCCUCGUGUUGGCACGAGGCUUUCGCGGCUGAGUAUCUCCAGCCCAACUGCGAGUUCACCUGCGCGGGAAGUCAGGCUCCCAUUGAGAUCCCAGACCACGAGAUCCAUAUUGAGAAAGGGCUCAAGAGGAAGCAGAAUGAUCGUCACCGCCAUGCGCAGAUCCACCAUACUGAAGAUGGCGAAGUAUUGGAACACGGCGGCGAUGUGCAUGACCACCUGCUGCAAGACCAUUACGUCAAAAAGGUGCCGUACAUCGUCGACCACGAAGCCUGGGAGAACUACAAGCACCAGGUCCAGGACAUCCCAAUCUUGGAAGCCAGCUCGGAGACGCAGCAGUGCAUAGCCUACGCACUCGACCCAGCUGCUGCUAGCGACCUUGCGGAGUCGUAUGGCAGAUGGGCCAUGGCCGCGGAGGCCUCUCUACUCAACCUGACGGAUGCCAUGCCGAUCAGCGACGAGCGCCGUAGAGGACAACCGCUACGCUAUCGGCUCGAGCAGAUGAUACGCCAGACUGACCCCACGUACAUCCAAGCAGGCACCAAGCAGCUUGAGACCAAUGCCUGGAUCAGCCUCACCAGCCAGCUCCAAGUCUUCGUCAAACAGUGCGAGCGGCGCCAAUCGCAGAGCGAAGCGAACUUCGGCACCAUCAGGCCAAAUACUGUUGACCAACGAGACCACCAAGCUGCCGACGCUGUACUGGAUGACCCUAUUGCGCGCAUGGUUGCACGCACGCCGUCUUACCAGUGCUACCCGUGGACUGACAUCCCUUUCGGCAGCCGGCUACAACUUCCAGGCCAAGCCGUGUCUCCAGCUCCGACGUGCACAACACCGUGCCCAGCCGUCACCAGCAUGGACGACGAAGAGGCUGACCCCUUCGACGCGAUCAACUACGACGUCGACUGCUUUGACUACCUGGAGCUGCUGCA